AUUCCACACCUGAAGCGAUCAAACCAAAAUGGUUCGAGGAGAUUAGGAAGUGGCUCGCAGGUCCACGGGUUCCAUCUCGCCAACGGCCGAUCGGUUCGCGAUCCGAAUCGAAUUGGAGCUCGCCAUGGCAGAUCUCCGCUUUCUGCUGUGCGUUCUGUUCCUCUUCGCCAUUUCCACGGCCGACUGGGCGUCGGCGGCGCGGUUCCCCGGUAGGAUCUCGCAACCGCCACCGUCGACGAACCAGGAGACGCUUCGGAUUGCUGUGUUUGCUCUCGGGAGCUUCUGGCGAUCCGAGGCGGCCUUCGGCUGUCUUCCUGGCGUGGUCCGUACUUCCGUCGGCUACGCCGGUGGAUCCAAGACUAACCCCGAGUACCGCAAUUUGGGAGAUCAUGCCGAGUGCGUCCGCAUUGAGUACAACCCCAAGUUGAUUCAAUUCAAACAGCUCCUUGAUGUCUUUUGGGCUAGCCAUGAUUCUAGGCAAGUUUUUGGACAAGGACCCGAUGUUGGUAACCAGUACAGAUCCAUUAUCUUUACAAAUGGAACACAAGAGAGUAGGAUAGCUGCUUUGAGUAAAGAGAGGGAACAGGCCAAGAGUAGGAGCAGUGUUGUGACCACAGAAAUCCAGGAAUUUGGAGUAUUUUAUCCUGCAGAAGCUGAACAUCAGAAAUUCGAGCUGAAGCGCAAAUGGUUUCUAUUGCAGUUGAUCGGUAAUUUGUCAAACGACGAACUCUUAACCUCCAACUUGGCUUCCAAGUUGAAUGGCUAUGCUGCGGAACUUUGCCCUUCAAAUAUCCAAAGCAAGAUUAGUGCCAAGAUCGACGAGAUAGUAAAAACCCAUUGGCCUCUCCUGCGGGAUAUAUAGCAUAGCAGCACUCGCUGCCUUGGACAUGCAUUGUCUGUGCAUUCUUCACUUCCACAAUUUUAAGCAAUCACUCAUUCAGAAGGAUGUCUGGAGGAUCUAAAAGUCCUCAGAUCAUCCUGGUUCGCUCCCUCAUCUUUUUUUUUCCCCAGUUACUUUGCCAUUUUUAAUUUUGUAAAACUUUAUGACAUUAUAUACUGCGUGUAAUCAGUGCUUGGGAUACACGGUUCAAGACAACUGAUGUAAUAUACAGAGCAAUAUCUUAGAGUUA